CCAAUGUUAGGCAUGGUAUUGUCAAUAGUUCAGCAUAGCAACAAGACAGCAAUUCGAGCAGGAGCAGUCCUCCAGAAUUGCAGCAUGAUUGAGGACAAGUUAUGCUUCGGAAAGGCUUCGGAGGUAGACCAACAGCUCUCUGAGCUUUUGGUUGGUUAUAUCUCACAUAGCCCCUCCUAGCCGGCCUUGCAAUACCGCGUUUUGUCGUGACAAGCCGGCGAGGCCGUUGACUUGAUGGGCGGGCUGGAGCGUUAUUCCACCGUAGCCCUGGAAGCGCCGACCCGAGCAAUCUUCGUCGCCCGUCCCCCUCCGUCGACCGAGACUGUAUAUAAGGGAAUCAUGUGGAGCGCUUCUCGGGUCUACACACACUGCUUCUCAUCUCGUCUUCUGUGCCUCACAACCUCGGAUCGUCAUGGUCUCGUCUUCAAUACCUCAUAGUGAGACGUCGACCAUCGCUGUGCCCGAAGAAGCCCGUCAUGCGUCGCAAACAAAACCUGACUCUGCGACGCAUCCGCCGCACAUCACCCUACCCGAGGGUGGGCGCAAUGAAGACCACCGCCUCAGGCUCACACGAACUCGAACCCACGAAUCCCACGACGAUCGCCGACCUGAUAUCUCUUUCCCCUUCCAAACCACCAAUAUCCCUCUGGGUGGUCUCACAGACGAGUACCGUGUGAUCACUGAUACCGGAUACUUGCCUGCGGACCUCGCCCUGCGGCCAGUACCAUCACAUGUGUUCCGACUGCCCCAAGCGCUAGCUGAUCCUGAAAAGGCGCGUGCCUUGAAGCAGAUGAAGCUGGUGACAUGGAAGGAGGAUGAUGCGGAGGAUCCGCGAAACUGGUCGAACCUCUACCGUUGGUAUCUCACUGCCGUCUGUGCCAUGGCUGUCGUCCAAGUGGCGUUUGCAAGCGCAGUCAUCACUGGUGACUUCAAGGACAUUGAAAGCGAGUUCCACGUCGGUGAGGUCGUGACUGCCUUGAGUGUCUCCCUCAUGGUCGUCGGCUUUGGAAUUGGUCCGCUGGCUUGGUCACCGCUGAGUGAAUUAUACGGUCGUCGACCGAUCUGGAUCAUUCCUAGUAUCAUCUACGUCAUCUUCAACAUCCCCUGCGCUGUUGCCAAGAACAUCCAGACGCUCCUGAUUUGCCGCUUCUUCUGUGGCCUCUUCGCAUCUGCUCCCCUGACACUCGCCGGUGGUACCAUAUCCGACGUCUGGGAUAACAAUGAACGUGGUUUCGCGAUCGCUCUAUUCGCGGCUGCACCGUAUGGUGGACCUGUUCUCGGGCCCAUAGUCGGUGGUUUCGUCGGUGAGACGAUCGGCUGGCGUUGGAUCAUUUGGGUCAAUAUGAUCUUCGCUGGGGUGAUUUUCCUUUUCACUCUCACCAUCCCCGAGACAUUCGCACCCUCUCUGCUUCGCCGGCGCGCGCAUCGUCUGCGUGAGAAGACCGGUGAUCCCAACAUCACCACCGAGCAGGAGUUGUUUGGGGCAUCGCUAAGCGAGAUUAUCACGGAGACUCUUCUCCGGCCAUUCCAAAUGAUCGUGACUGAGCCCAUUCUACUGCUCAUGAGCAUGUACAUCGCCCUCAUCUACGGCCUCCUCUACGCCUUUUUCUUCAGUUUCCCCGUCGUCUUCGGCGAGGAUUAUCGCUGGAAUGACGGAAUGGUCGGCCUGACCUUCUGUUCCGUGCUCAUCGGCGUCGCCUUCGCUCUCUUCGUUACGCCUCGCAUCGAGCGCGACUACCUGAGGCGAGCGGCUGAGAAGGGUGGCCGGGCUGACCCUGAGGACCGUCUAGUCGGCAUGAUGCUGGGGUGCUGGUUCGUCCCCAUCUCCCUGUUCAUCUUCGGCUGGACGAGUCCACCUGCUGUUUUGCCUGGUGGCGGCAAGUGGGUUGGCCCUGUCUCGUCCGGUAUCCCCUUCGGUUUCGGAAUGGUUAUCAUCUACUUCUCGGCAAACGCCUACCUCAUUGACGCCUUCCCUGGCUACGUCGCCUCUGCGCUUGCCGCGAAGACUGUCAUCCGAUCCGGUUCCGGUGCAGCGAUGCCGUUAUUUAUCACCGCCAUGUACCACAACCUCGGUAAUGGCUGGGCAGCGUCUGUGUGGGGCUUCAUCUCCCUCGGCAUGAUUCCGAUUCCCUUCCUAUUCUACCGAUACGGUAGAUCCAUUCGUGCUCGCUCGAAACGUGCCGUCGUCGAGUAGUUUCGCUUUCAGCCUUCUCUCCUCCUUUCUUUUGCUGUCUUCUCUUAUAUUGCUAUUCAUAUAUCGUAUUUUCCCUCAAGGUCUGACAGAUAGAUAGACUUCAUAGUAGACAUAGUAGACAUCACACUGCAUAGACAUUUAUUCGUAGAUACAGCACGUCCGGCAUCACAACUACUCGUCCUCGUAGGCCAUCAUCGCCUCCUUAAUCGUCUUCAAUUCAUCAUGUUAACGUCCCUCAUUCCUUCUACAUCGAAUGGGAAGCCAUUGAGGCUAUUUCUUGUCGUCC